AUGGUUAAAUCAAAGAAAGUCCAUCUUCAGUUCAUUGCUUUCACUCUUUUUCUUCUGUCCGGGCACCCCAUCAGACCCGUCAGAGGCCAAGGAGUGAAAGAAAUAGGGUAUGAUUAUAGGCAAGGGAGCCCCAAGGGACCAGAGCACUGGGGAGAGCUCAAGGAAGAAUGGAAGGAAUGCAAAGAUAGAAAAUUACAAUCGCCAGUAGAUUUGUUGCCUUCGAAUGCUAGAAAAGCAAUCUCAAGAGUAGAUGAUCUUAACAUGAGCUAUAAGCCUUCAAAUGCAACUAUGAAGCAUGAAGGUUAUGCUAUUUCGAUUCAAUGGGAGGGUGAUGCUGGAUCAAUUCAAAUAAAUGGCACUGAUUACUUGCUCAAAAGAUGUCAUUGGCACAGAUCCUCUGAACAUUUCAUUAAUGGCAGAAGUUAUGAUUUGGAAUUGCACAUGGUUCACCAAAGCCAGAACAACGAUGUGGCUGUAGUCGCAUUCCUAUACCAAAGUGGCAAUCCCGAUCCUUUCCUGUCAAAGAUAAGCAACGAUGUAUCCUCCCUAAGUGGCACAAAGGAGGCACGCUUGGGAGUGAUUGAUCCUAGUUUAAUAAAAUGGCCAAGCUCACGAUUUUACAGAUAUAUGGGCUCACUGACGACCCCUCCUUGCACUGAAGGAGUUAUUUGGAGCGUAUACGAAGAGGUACAUUCUGUUUCAAUAGAACAGCUGGGGCUAAUUGAACAAGUCGAUCAUGGGAUGAAUGCAAGACCAUUACAGCCUCUUAAGAAUCGAGAUAUCACGCUCUUUGGUCCGCAGUAG